AUGGCACCGCUUCUGUUCAUCCGCCACUGUGUCGCUGCCCCUAGUCCGGUCGACCUGGCUGCGGCCGCCUCGUCUCCCAGAGUUGACGAAUUCUGCAACUCAUCCUACCUGUCCCGACGGGCUGUCCUAGGAGAUGACUUUCCCGGGCUCGACUACUCGCACGGCGGACGGCAGCCCUACGAGCAUACGCUAAGCGAGAGCGACAUGAAAGUCCUGGAGCUCUACAAUGCCUUUGAUCUGCCGCCAAUCCCCGUCCGUCAGGUGUUUAUCGAGAUCUUCUACGAAAAGUGCUGGCCAUGGAUGCCCGUGGUGGACGGCGGAAUGGUCUCGGCCGACGCCCCUUCAGAAGCGACGUCGCUGGUGGUUCUGCAAGCCGUUUUGCUCGCUGCCGCGACGACCAAGCCUAAGAGCGACACCACCCUCCCUGCGCAACCGCAAUACCGCAAGGUCAAGGCGUUGAUUGACACAGGCGCCGAGAGCAAUCCGCUCAAUCUUCUUUCAGCGUCAUGUUUGAUGCAAUUCUUCGCGCCUUCGACGCCGAAAGACAUCUCUAUCCACCAUCCGACAUUCUGGGGGAACUAUGCGCUCGGUCUCGCUCAACAGAUGGGUCUUCAUAUGAAGUCUACCAGACCCAGUAGCCAAGAGAGGCUCAGGCGAAGGGUAUGGUGGACUUUAUACGCAAGAGACAGUGUCAUGUCCUCGGCCCAUGGCCGCCCCCGACUCAUCAACCCGACAGAUUGCGUGGUUGACCCGCCAUCGAUAUACGACUUUCCGGACCCUAGCGAUAUUCGCGCCCAGAUCUUCGUUUCCUACGUGGCCAUCACAGAAAUUCUGUGCGAUCUCUGCCAGCUGCUCACGCGGCAGAACGAUCCUCCUCCCGCCGAAAAGAACAAAAUCGGUCUCCGACUCCUAGACUUCGUUCGGUCCUUGCCACUCGCACUCCGACUCGUCCAAGCCGACGGGACCGCGGCGCCGUACUCGUUUGACCUGGCCCAGCUACACAUCUACCUCCUCAUCACCAUCAUCAUCCUCUACCGGCCCCGAUCGAUCUUCUACGUCCCACCAUCCAGCUCGCCCGCCAUCGUGGCGUCGAACCUGAGCUUCCGCAUCUUCGAGGCCAUCGAGCUGCGGGGACAUACCUGCUCGCUUGUGUCCGGGUUCGCGUGGAACCUCCUCGUCACGGCCAUCCCGCAGGUCUCUUGCCUGCGGAUCCCGUCGUUGCGGGAAGAAUGCAAGGGGAACCUGGACACGCUGGAGCGGUGUUUCCGGACCCUGGCGACCACCAGGCCCGCCGCGGCGGCGAACCUGCGCAACACGCAGGAGAUCCGCAGGGUGGUGGAAUCCAAAGAACCGCUCUCAAUGCCGAUCCCGCCGCGCCUCAGUGCCACCGACGACACCCUGUCCUUCUCCCCUCUGGACCUGUUCGACCCGUACGGCGCCGACGUGCCGGGGAACUACGACCGCGUCACCGCGGCGCUGGAGUUCUCGGCGACCAACAAGACGUUUCGGAACGCGCCGAACACGAAUGGUCCGCACAAUGCCGAAAACGUCCCCCUGCAGCAGGCCCCGAGAGAUCAGACCGUGCCGCACGUGUUCCCUGCCCAACAGACGCAGUCGUCGGCGUUCACGCCCACGCCGAGCAACCUCGGCGGGACCACGAUGCUGGACGACGUGCUCGACUUUGAACUGCUGGGGAACAAUUUCCCCGAGGACGGCUGGAUGAGGAACUGGGUCAACGAGUUACAUAUCCUGGGGGAAUGA